AUGGCGGUGACUGAAGCUGGAUGCGACCUUACCUACUGCAGGAUGAGGGGGAUCGUGGCCGUGUUGGCAGCGUUUAUCAAAGAACGAAAAAUCGGCCUCAACGACUUCAUCCACAAACUGGUGUCUACACCUCACAUCUGCCAACAUGUCGAGGUGAACAACUUCCUGAAGAUUGACCAGAAUCCAAACAAGGAGCGGGACACGGACGAGCCUCUUGAUCCUAACCCUGAUCCGAUCUGUCUGCUCUCACGCACCUCUCUGGCAGAAGACACACAAAUCAAACCGUGUGAUUUCGACUACCUCAAGAUAAUCGGCAAAGGCAGCUUCGGAAAGGUUCUUCUGGCACGACACAAAGAGUCUAGAGCGUAUUACGCUGUCAAAGUUCUGCAGAAGAAGAUCAUCUUCAAGAAGAAAGAGCAAAAGCACAUCAUGGCCGAGCGCAGUGUCCUCAUGAAGAACAUUCAGCAUCCGUUCCUCGUGGGACUUCACUUCUCCUUCCAGACGACAGACAAGCUGUACUUUGUCCUGGACUAUGUGAACGGAGGAGAGCUCUUCUACCACCUCCAGAGAGAGAGGAUCUUCCUGGAGCCCAGAGCUCGCUUCUACUCGGCUGAAAUCGCUAGCGCUCUGGGAUACCUGCACUCUCUGCACAUCGUCUACAGGGACCUGAAGCCUGAGAACAUCUUGCUGGACUCUCAGGGACACAUCGUCCUCACAGACUUUGGUUUGUGUAAAGAAGGACUGGAGUCAAACGAAACCACUUCCACGUUCUGCGGAACUCCAGAGUACUUGGCUCCGGAGGUGUUGCAGAAGCAGGCGUACGACCGCACAGUGGACUGGUGGUGUCUGGGCUCUGUGCUGUACGAGAUGCUCUAUGGUCUGGCCAAGCGCAGGUCCUGCUGUGGUCGGGACGACAACUCUGAAGGGCCGUCCGACGCAGGAGUGCCCAAUAGUGGUCUGCUCCAGCCACUGCGCAGCUUGCGACAGCCGGCCUUAGCGCUAAAACACCUCCCGCCCAUCCGCUGCCAAUUGCGACAGGACCGCGCUGCAGCUGCCAUUGUAUCACUGGCAUCUGUGUCCGAGGACACAUACCGCCCUGGUCUUAGCCGUCGUUAA